CUUAACCGAUGAAAUAUGUUACCACGUAGGACAUAAUACAUGUUUUAAUUGUCUAUAUAAGAAUAAGUCCGUAAAUAAUGUUUUACUUCUACAGUCAAGCUUAGUUUUAGUGUAAAGUAGAGAUUAUCGCAUUGGAGACUGAUAAAAAGCUUUUAAAGAGGUAACAACACAUUAGUUCAGGUCAUGACGAGACUGAUAAUCGGUGUACUGUUAUGUGUCCUUGGUCCUGCCUGGGCGAAAAAUACAUAUAUUGUGACAGUCCCACGUCAAAUACGAGCUGGUGCAAAGGCUGAUAUCUAUAUAGCACCUAUUAAUCCAAUUGAACGAGGGGCCAAUGUAGUGGUUACACUUUUGGACAAAGACAACACCACAUUAGCAACUAAACGGGAGUCAAUAAAUUCACUGCGACAACCUGCGGUGGUCAAAUUAAACGUACCGAUAACAAUCCCAGAAGGAUAUGAUUACAAGAUGAAAGUCAGAGUUUCGGGAGGACUCUCAUUUGAUAAAACAGUAACAAGAAUACGAGCAACUACAAAGGCGACCUCUAUCUUCAUUCAAACUGAUAAAGCGAUUUAUAAGCCUGGAGAUUUAGUCCAGUUUAGAGUAUUCGGUACUGACCCCAGUUUAAAAGUCCGAAAUGAUCCCUUGGAUAUUUUUAUACAGGAUCCCAAAACUAACAGAGUAAAGCAGUAUCUUAAAGUAAAACCUGUUUUGGGUGUUUUUACUGGAUCAUUUCAACUUUCAACAUUAACAAAUCUAGGAACAUGGACAAUCAAAACAGAACAAAGGACAGAAGAAACUUCAAAAAGCUUUGACGUAGAAAGAGUUGUUUUACCUAAAUUUGAAGUAAAUGUUGUAUUGCCGUCAUUUGAGCUGAAAACCGAUCGAUUCUUCACAGUUACAAUUAAUACAAUGUAUACGUUUGGAAAGCCAGUGGAAGGGGACGCAGAAGUGACAAUUAAACGAAGUUGGUCGACUGAAAAACAGAUUGUGAAGAAAUUUAAGAUAAAAGGAAAGGCAACGGUCCGGGUUUUAAUGAGUGAAGUGGCUCCUACGCUUGGAACUUCCAUAGAGGUCAUAGCUAAAGUAACUGAAUCCAUUACUGGUGUUUCAGCCGAGGACAAAGGCUCUGUUCAAAUUUAUGAUACACCAGAAAAACUCAAUUUCUCUCCUCGGAUGCCUUCUGUAUUCAAACCAAAUAUGGAAUAUGCCAUAAUUUUACGGGCAACACAACAUGAUGACAGUCCUAUAAAGCCACCGUUAGGUAUGGUGAACAUGACAGUGACGUAUUAUGUACCCGUGAUCACAGAAAAACAAAACGUUAGACCUGAAUCAUCUGGUAGUGGUGGUCAAGUCAUGCCUAUUGGACAAAUGCAACAACCUGAAACUAGAGAUGAAGAAAAAGUCUUGUUGUCAAGGCUUAUACGAAUACCUGAAUCAGGAAUAAUUGUUUUAUCAGCAAACUUUCCGAGAGCGGCCAAAAAUGGAAAUAUAAGGGCGUUCUAUCGUGGUGCCAGUGCAAAUAAACGUGUUAAUCGAGCGGAAUCCCCUAGCAGAAACUACAUUCAGGUUUCUGUUAGGAACAAUAAAGCUGCAAAGCCAGGGGAGUAUUUACCACUACUUGUGAAAGUCACAGAAUCAAUUCAAUACUGUAGUUAUAAAGUAUUUUCGAAAGGAUCCCUUGUAACACAGGGUAGAUUUACAAUGACACAAGAAAAACAGCGAAACCAAAGACUGAUGAUAACAUAUGGAAUGGUUCCUCAAGCCAAGUUAUUGGUAUAUUAUGCCAGACGACAAGAUGGUGAAAUUGUGGCUGAUGCUAUCAGCAUACCUAUUGAAGACAUAUUUGACAAUGCAGUGUCUUUGAAAUUUAACAAGAAAACAGCAACACCAGGAGAAGAAGUAAGCCUGCAAGUGACGGCUGAUCAAAAGUCCCUAGUGAAUGUUCUGGCUGUUGAUAAGAGCGUUCUUUUACUGAAAUCAGGAAACGACAUCACAACACAAGAUGUUUUUAAUGAGCUCCAAAGAUAUAACAACUUUGGUAAUUUGCCACGAUUUGGUGGAUGGGACUCCUGGAUACCUACUCCUGUAAACGACAGGGAUGCAUUUUCCGUUUUCCAGGGAGCUGGUGUUUAUGUUUUGACUGAUGCAGUAUUGUUUCAAUAUACACAUCCGAGCUUUUCUCGUGAUAAUAUGAUGAUGUCGGCUAUGUCUGGUGGCUUUAGUGGUAAUGGUGCUUUGGCUGGGGGCGGAGGUGGGCUGAUGUCGCCCACACGAACAAGAAAAAAUUUUCCCGAGACAUGGCUUUGGGUUGACAGAACAACAGGCUCUGAUGGAACAGCUACUAUCAAGACGACAGCACCUGAUACAAUUACAGAAUGGGUGGCGUCAGCGUUUGCUGUAAAUCCUGUUUCGGGUCUUGGUGUGGCAGCACAAACGGCAAACUUGACGACAUAUCAGAAAUUUUUCCUGCGAUUUGAACUUCCGUUUUCUGCAAUUAGAGGUGAAAUUAUAAUAGUUCAAGCCACUGUCUUUAAUUACUUAGACCAGGAUCAACAGGUAUCUGUGAAGCUGUCAAACAAUGCUGACUUCAGUUUUGUAGAUGGAAAUGGAAACAGUUUUAAUCCAGGUGGUGAUGGUUGGACAAAGUCUGUGCUAGUAAAGAAAGACAGUGUUAAUUCUGUGUAUUUCCCUAUUAAACCAACUGCACUUGGUAAAAUAUUACUGAAGGGAACAGCUAGAUCUACUCAGGGUGCAGAUGCUGUUGAACGGGAAUUUCUCAUAGAGGCAGAAGGUAUAAAACAAAGCUAUAACGUACCAUUACUUAUUGACCUUCGACAACAAAGAAGUUUUUCAGACAAUAUACUAUUGUCUUUCCCUCCAAAUCUUGUAAAAGAUUCAGAGUUUAUUAAGAUACAAGUUAUCGGAGAUUUACUGGGGGCAACAUUGGCAGGAUUGGGAGACCUGCUUAAGAUUUCAUCAGGAAGUGGAGAACAAAAUAUGGUUGGUUUUACCCCAAAUGUUUACGUUAGUGCUUAUCUGAAAGCAACUAACCGACUAACAGAAGAAAUUAAGAAGAAGACAGCUAAAUUUCUAGAGGGAGGUUAUCAAAGGGAACUCUCAUUUGCACAUAACGAUGGUUCAUUCAGUGCGUUUGGAAAUAACGAUAAAAGUGGAAGUACCUGGUUAACCGCAUUUGUAGUUAAAUCCUUUUCUCAAGCUGCAGACUUGACAUUCAUCGACAUAAAUGUAAUGACAAAAGCUAUCCAAUGGCUUAUUAGACAGCAGGAGCCAUCAGGGGCAUUCAAUGAACCGGGGAUUGUAAUUCAUAAGGAAAUGCAGGGAGGUUCUGUUUCGAGUAAAAGAAGCCUUACAGCAUUUGUACUGAUCGCACUCCACGAAGCAAGAGCUAAUGAUCAAGUAUCUCCAAAGAUUAAGCAACAAGUUACUGCUGCUAUCCAGAAAGCAACAGAUUACACUGCAAAGGGAGCACCUGUGUCAAUGGAUAACUUGUACGAACUUACGAUAUCAUUUUACGCCUUAUCAUUGGUUAAGCAUUCUUCAACUGAUGCCAUUCUUAGAGAACUUGAGAAGAAAGCAAACAACACUGGUGGUGAAAAAUAUUGGGCAUUACCAGACACUCAAUCAGAUAAAAUACAACCUUGGAAAUCAUGGAGGUCACCACGCAAUGACGUUAGAGCAUUAGAUGUAGAAAUGACGUCAUACGUACUGUUAGGUUACAAUUUGAGGGAUGAUACAACUAAUGGCAUUCGUGUGUUAAAAUGGUUAGCUAGACAAAGAAAUCCAAGUGGUGGAUUUAUUUCUACACAGGAUACAGUGAUAGCCGUCCAGGCAUUGUCAGGACUUGGAGGAAAGCUUUACGCCCCUAAUUUUCAAAUGACUGUAAAUACUAAAGGUGUGACCUGGCCUGUAGGUGAAACAUUCAAGGUGAACAACCAAAAUGCUUUGGUUCUACAGAAUAAAGAUAUUCCCAACACUGUGAAAAGUGUAUCAGUAACUGCUAGUGGUAGCGGAUGGUGUAUGGUGGAGGCUGCAGUUGUGUUCAAUGUGAAUGAACAAUUAAGAGAGCCUGCAUUCGCCUUGACACCAACGAUACUAAAUGAUUCAACAAAAGGCUUUAAACUCAAAGUUUGUUUCAGGUGGUUGAAGGUAGGACAGAGUACUAUGGGAAUACUUGAAAUAACUUUACCGUCUGGGAUGGAAGCUGACUUAGAGACAAUCGAUACUACCAAUACUGGAGGACAGUACAAAAAAGUGGAAAAGGGUUUCCGUUCAAUCAACUUAUACUUUGACACGAUUUUGUCCACACAAAUGUGUAUUGCAGUAGAUAUAAGGAGAGUUGCCUUAGUUGCUCGACACAGACCUGUACCUAUCAAACUGAGAGAGCAUAAUGAACCAAGUAAUGAGGUCAUAAAGACUUAUCAAUCAAAAGCCUUGUCUACCGCCACCAUCAUAGAAGUAUGUGGUCCUGACAAUUGUGUAGAAGUCAAGAAGCGAUGAUGACAAGAAUUGCUUUCAAGAGGAACCCCUAACUUUCAUGGUUUUUUUAUACUUUAUAUAAAUACUGUAUUUUAUUUGAAGAAGGCCGAUAAAAGGUGAAUUUGUCGUUUCUUUUGUAUGUAUUUUAGUGUUUUAAGAAUGAACCUGAAAAUAUUUCUAUGUAUUAACAUUUGUGUCUUAAAAUCUUUAUUUCAAUAAACA